UUGAUCGGCGCGAAAGGCGGCGCCGCGGCAGGGGUGUCGCGCCUUAAAGGGACACGACCGAGCACCGGCCACCCCGUCCCCCGUCCCCGGGCGGACAUGGCGGCGGCGCGCGGCCGUCAGCGCACGGCGCGUGUGUGUGAGCACCUGGCAGACUUGGAGGCAACGUGUAGGUGGUUGCGCGCAAGGGACCAGAAUUUCCUCCUUCACGUUCCUCUCAGGGUGCUGAGCGUAGAGAAGCAGCGGGACCCGUGUCUCUGCUGGGGACAGGUGACACGAAGAAACGGAGGCUUGGCUGGCGAUGAUCUGCACAAAACUCAUAACUCUGCGUCAGUCACAGAUGGACUCUCUGCAACUUCAUUUAUAGAAUAUCCAAAGUACAAGCCAUUUAUUAAUUCAGAAUUGCUGCGCUCCCCACGGAAACCAGUAAUUCCAUAUCCCGAAAGCAACAGCAGAGCAAUAUUUUCUGCUCUGAAGAAUCUCCAGGAAAAAAUUCAUCGACUGGAGUUGGAACGACUUCAGGCGGAAGAGAAUGUAAAACACCUCAGCAGGGAAACAGCAGACUACAAGAAAGUACUAAGUGAACAAAUGCAACACAAAGAGCAUGACAAGACUGAAGUGUCAAAGAAAAAUCAAGAACUGGCUUCUCAGCUGGCAGCUGCUGAGUCUCGGUGCAGCCUUUUAGAGAAGCAGCUGGACUACAUGAGAAAAAUGAUCCAGCAUGCAGAAAAUGAGAAGUCGCAUCUCUUGGAGAAACAGGGUUCGUUGGAGAGAGAUCGGCUUCUUGAUCAGUCACAUGUUCAGUCUAAAUUGGAAAAGCUGGAUAUGCUGGAAAAAGAGUACAGCAGACUUACUACGAUGCAGUCCAUAGCAGAGAAAAAAAUGAAAGAGCUGGAACAGAAGCUUCAGGAGGAAGAACAUGCAAGGAAGCUUGUUCAGGAAAAAGCAGCUGAGCUUCAGACAGGCCUGGAAACCAACAGAUUACUGAUUCAAGCAGCAUCACCAUUGCUUCCUCCAAAAGCAAGAAAACCCAGGAAAAAAACUAAGCAGCCAGAGAAGAAACGCUCUCUUACAAGCCAUCUCACUACGCAGCCCCAUUACAGACUGUGUCUGGGUGAUGUACCCUUUGUAGCUGGGAAGUCUACCAGUCCCAGUCAUUCAGUUGGUGCCAACGUGCAACAUGUCCUACACCUGAUGAAACAACACACGAAAGCUUUGUGUAACAGUCGUGUGGUAAAUGAUACUCCACUAGCAAAACCUGUCAGUACUGGUCAUCCUGCCAGCAAAAGCAGAAGGUCAUCUCUGCCAAAGGACUCUUCUUCAUCCCAGGAAGAGCUCUCAGAAGUGUUGCUGACUUUACAAGAUGAAUUUGGACAGAUGAGUUUUGAUCACCAGCAGCUGUCAAAGCUUGUCCAGGAAGCCCCAACCAUUGCAGUGAGGGAAGAUCUGGAGAGGGAACUUGAGGCACUGGUGGGAAAGAUGGAAGCAAAGGCAGACCAGAUCAGCAAAGUCCGGAGGCAUCGGUUGCAGCUAGAGAGACUUAAGAGAGAAUGCAAGUCCAAAAAGACUUCUGCUAAACAAAUAAAAGACAGCAGGUUACCUGUUAGUGAGGUUAAAGUAACAACUACAGUAACCACAAAAGGGAAGAAUGCUGGUCCCAUCAAAGUGAAACCUGGAGAGAAGAGUCGGAAAAAUCUUCAGUUGUUGAGAGACAUGCAGACCAUACAGACUUCACUACAGAAAGAUGAUAUCAGCUGGGACUACUGACUGUUCUGCAGGGGAUGUUCUUGAACCAUCCUGGUCAAACUUUCUCACAUUCUGGAUAUAAAGCAGCUGCCUUUCUUGCUAUGUGAAAGAGACUACUGUAUGCUAAGUGCACUUUUGAAAUACGGGCCCUUAAUUCUCCAUCCCUGGGUUUGACUGUAUAUAUUAUGGUCUAGCUUAAAACACAUUGAAUUUUUAAGGUACCCAGCCACUGAAUCUAACCAUAGGUCUCCACCAGUUCCUUUCGUGUUAUGGUUCGAGCAGUCCCUCCAUUUUCUUUCAGCACACCAAGCACUGCACAUUUAUGCGGGUUGGUGUAUGUGAAAUGCCAGUGCAAUUUCACGCUAUUGUUGAACUGUGCAUUGGGAAGCUUCUCAAGAUGCAUCUUGUUUGAAAACGAUGCUGUGACCUGAAGUCCUAAGGGCUUUUGUCAGUUCUGUUCUGCGUGCAGCUGUAAUUACUCAAACUCUGAGUGUCUAAGGGAGAACAGAUAAACCCUUUUAAAGGUGUUCUAUGUAGCUGUCCUCAAAAAGCUUUCCUAGUUCUUGUUCUGCUACAUUGCAUUAGUCAGCAUUAAUGGCAGUGGAUGUUUGAGUACUCACAAAAGGAACAAAAUAACUUUUCCGAAUUAUUUUGCUUAAUGAUUGAUUGAAUUCUUUUCAAGUCUGAAGAGUGAAAUUUUUCUACAGAAAUCCACUUUACGAAGAAGCUAUAGGAUAGGGGAUAAUAUCCUGUCUCCUAGUUCACAGCUUUGGGUGGUAAAGGAGCGAGAUAAACCAUAGGUGUUUUAAACUGCAAGUGCCUCAAUCAUGCCAUUCAGUCCUGGCAUCUUGCUUUUAACUUGAAAUACGUGCUUUGAUGAGCUAUCUACUUUAGUAGUGGUGCAGUUCAUUUUGCACUCUGACUUGCACAGCUGAGUAAAUGUUAUUUAUUAUGUUAAUAAUGUAAAGAAUUUCCUAUUAAUGGAAUGUAUAGGAGACCCACAUUAUCCGUUUAUACAGUUGAAAAAUAAUAAAGCCAGCUUGCCUGUUGAA